AUGGAAAAGCCAGGUAUUUCUGCUGCUGAUCUUUCCAAGUUUGCAGAUGCGUAUUGCUCCGAUCUUGAAUUUCUAGAUGAUGACCUUGAACACGAGGAAAUGAACCUUGAUGAAAUCAGAAACCAUAUACUUCGUAAAGCUAAAAAGAGAGUGAUCAAAAUAAACAAGACCGAAGACAAUAAAUACAAGAGAUUCUUCAUCGACGGUUCCACUGAUAUUGUCUCGCGCAAAGACGUGCGGAAACCGGCACUUCGCAAUCCAGAAGAUGUUUAUGCACAGAUUGAUAAGCUAGAGAAACAUUUUGCACUGUUGGAUCCAAUCACCAAGUUAAGAUUUGGAGUGGUUGAGACAUGCGAACGGAGAGAAAUUGAAACUCCGGCUGAAAGAAUCUUUUUCGGUGUAUAUGACAAGAACGAAUCCGAAGAUUGGUGGCUGGACGAAGAGAAUUAG